GCGAGAGAGGGUGAGAGUAUUUGACGAGUGUGAGUGAGUGAGCGACUACUGUAAGUGACAAGGUGAGAGAGAUCAAGCCACCCAGUGUACAGUACUGUACUGUACAGUGCGCGCGUGUAUUCAUUCACUCGGCACCUCAUCGUGAAUCCCUCUAGUCUAUAUCUUACCUUACCCCACCGUACAUCACUCCCCCUACCAAACAAAAAAUCAAAAGAAACUUGUUUCUGCGUAGCUAACCUGCUUAGUAGAUAGCCACUUAUUGCUGUACUCGUGCCGCUGCACUAUUUGUUAUUUAUCUCAUUAUUUUUAUUAUCGCGGCAUUGAAUAUUGGUUCUGGCCCCGUUCCUGCCGUCAAAUGUCUCUCACUUCCCACUCCUGGUAUGGGUGUGUAUGUCUCGAAUCUGCGCUUACUCUAUACACCUUUGGCUUUGUGUGCACAGAAGCAGUCCCUCAAUACGGUAGACUAACAAACUAACCCACCACCUCGCUAUCCGAAUUAUGGGUUUACCGGUACUUCGUAUGCCCCCACAUGGUUUAAAGGAGUUUAACCACUAUCCUCAUCUUUUCUAUCCGUUAGUAUUCACAAACAAACACCCCCCCCCCGCCCCUCCCUCCCUGACUCCCUGCAUUAACCAAUAGGCAUAAAAUUCGCUUUAUUACUUCUAUUUUCCUUGCUUGUUCGAGAAAGAAACCCCCGUACCGUACGAAAGAAAAAAAAAAUUCCUCACCAAAACUUGAGUUAAACGCCAUAGCUGAUAUCAUCCAUUCUCCUCCUGCCCGGUCCACGUACUGGAGCACAGUUUUCUCAAAGCAUAUGGACUUGGCUUCUUGUACUAUCUGAGUCCUCGCAUCUUCGGUCUCGUGCGCUCGAAGGUUAAGCAGAGGAUAAGCAAUAAAAAGAGCAAUGUUGUUUCACCUGCAGUGAGUGGCUACUGUCCCUGCAAGUCCCACUUGUUUUUUCAUCCUUAGCUUGGAGCGUUCGUUCGGCAAAUCAAGGACGCAACUAAGUAUUUAUACUCUUUUUAAAGAAUCUUAACUGACUACCACCCCUCCCCCCCCCCCCCCCAACCUCCCUCUACGCGGCCAAAAGAUUGUAGAUAUUUUCAGAAAGUCCUCCGAACUUCACCGCUUUCCCGCAUUUUGCGGCGUCACAGUGGGUGGUUGGCAUGUCUUGCAGCCAAUCUUCGAGAAGUUUUUGGGAACUGUCGGUAAAUUUUCCGAAUCUCUGGGUGCCGAAAAGACUACCGGUGAGCAGAGACGCAGGGUUGCUACGUUUUUGGCAUCGGCAUCGGCUGCUGCUGCCGCCAUACGACAAUUGAACAGUCGCGGUGUAGAAAGCCCGGCAGGGCGAACGCUAGAUCUCACCCUCUUUGCUGUCGUGAGAGCCCUGGACGUUGUUAUUGGUGAAAUCUGGGCUCGCGGAAAGGCACACCGGGUUCGCUCUGGGGCCUUUGCUAGACUUGAUAGGAUAAUUGAGGGCAAUGUUGAUGUAGCUGUAUUUGCUGCGAGUGCUGCGGUGAUAAUGUUUUCCUGGUUCUAUGAGCCGGAGAAGCUGCCAAGGUGAGUUUUUGCUUUUUCUGUGCUCCACUUUUGUGCUCCUCUGCUUCUUUCUUGUCGUGGAUUAUGUUCCGGCAAGCUAACCAUAAUAUUCUCUCCAAGAACUUACAAUAAGUGGAUAAGUGAAAUCGCCGAGGCCGAUACUCGUCUGAUAACGGCGUUGAGGCGGAUAAGAUCUGGUGAAUUCGUAUAUGGAAAGGAGACAGGGCAGGCCCCCUUGUUGCAGCCUUUAUGCGAAGAUCUCGGUCUACCCAAGGCUUGGGGUGACCCAGCUGUGACGAAACGUAUUCCUUGUGAGGUAUGUAUACACCCACUAGUAGGAUACACACACUCUCUCUUCGCCAUGCAUGAAGCCCAAGUUUCAAAUCCCUGGCUCAUUUUUUUUUUUUAACGAAUUUCUCGUCAACCUAUAGCUGGUUCACCAUGGCUUCUCAAAGAGCUGCGAGCUCCACGCAUGUUGGAGAUUCUGGAACGCAUGGAAAGCAGCAUUCACCAUGUACUUGGGAUUGAAUUUCCUGGUUCGGCUUCGAAACGGUCUCAGUUCACAUACGUCCUUGCGAGCUAUCAGUGAUGCGGCAAGGUCGGCGGCAUUCCUUGGUGCAUUCGUCGGCACCUUUUGGUAUACCAUCUGCUUGACACGAACUAGGUUGGGGCCGCUUUUUUGGCCGCGAAGUGAUCAGUUAUUUUUGGAGAAUCUGUGCGUGAAAAUGGGCUGUCUGGGUUGCGGUUGGAGCAUUCUGGUGGAGUCGGCUCGCCGCCGUUUGGAAAUGACAUUCUUUGUUGCUCCCCGUGCACUGGGGACUCUUAUACCGAGAAAAUACGAUAGGAAGGUGUGCGGUUUUCAUACUCUACCCUAAGUUACGCCCUUCCCAUUAUUUUUGGCUAACCUUGGCGUUUCUCGUCUCACCCCUUACAGCACCUCUGGAAGGAGACUUUGGUAUUCGCAGUGAGUGCUGGAAUUGUCUUUACUGCGCUCAAGGAGAACCCGAAGAGGGUAAGAGGAGUGUUUGGAAGAUUUCUGAAUAGUGUGGUUUCGUAGAGCAAAGGAGGGGUAUUCCUCAAACAAGCCCGAAUCAGACCGUGGCUUUU